CACCGUUGUAUGGGAGACACGAGGGUUUGCUGCGACGCGCGGUACCUAGGUCCUCCAUUUGCUAGACAACGAUGAGCUUCCGGACCAUGGCGCGGUGUUGUUUACUCGCGAGGACCAGGGUCUGGACGAGCGAGAAGACCCGCGCAAUUCCAAUUUGGAGAUGCAGUGUGCUCAGAUCAGGGGCGCAUGCGUGUAUGACCGCAGUCCUUUCAGCUGAGAGCUGAUAAAGAAGCAUGUCUCUGUCUUCUUCUUUCCUGUACUGACACGGGAUGCUCCAUGAUGAGUGGUUUUUGGAAUAGUUGGGACAUUUCGACUGUGAGCCGGCCGGGGUAAACCACCCUCGCUUUCUCCAGGAAAUGUUUGUUCCAUUGCAUCUCUUCCUCCAUCUCAGUUCUGUUGUGUGUCUCCACCAGUGUGCUAACCUCGCGGACCAGGAUGCCAAGGACGGCACCUUCAGGCUGCCUUCUCUCCCAGCGUGUGCUCCCAUUGUUCUCGCUGUGCGAUGAGUUGUUCCGUGUCUGUUAGUCUGAGGUAAAGAGGGUUCGGUCACCACUAGGGUGUCAUUUCACGCGAUGAUUUAGGGUUUCUGUAGUUUCGGACCCUGGUGGCUUUGUAGACUGUUGUUGAACUUUCUUUUUGUGUCUUCGACGGUUGCUUGGCGGCUUGUUGCCUCCGGGUCAGCUUCGUUCAGCUUCACGAGGAUCUAUCGGGGUCCCAUCGAUGGGCGUGUCCGUGUGGUGGGUUUCAGCAUGUAUGGAUCUUUUGAAAUUUGCGCAUAGGCGGGAGCUGCUGCUUGACCAACUGGGUUGCGAAGACGCUCUUGAUUUCCGAGAUAUCUCUGCUUAGCACCUCCUGGGCUCGAGCUGUCGCGUUGGUUUUGGCUGCCAGCUGGUUGGUGGUUGGGAGGUCCUGGGUCUUUCGAAGGUCGUUGUUGAUACUCUCGAGGAGCGGUUCGACCAUAUUCCAGUUUGAUGCUCGGUUCUUGACCAGCGGGUUGACUCGCUACUCCUUCAGGGCGCGUACGUCCGCUUCGAUUUAGAUCGCGUGGUCGCGUAUGGUGGGCGGCUGGAGGCCCAGCUGCGGUGCAAUGUCGUUCCGCCUCAUACUUUCGUGGUACUUGGCGAUACCUUGAGAGCUGACAAGUAAGCGGGGACACAGUCUGAAUCAAAUAGAUCAGUGGUAAUGGAGUAAUUUCAAAAAUUAGGUAUCGACAGCGUGUGGUUGUUUUCCCUUCGGGGCGGCUGGGCCGGUGAAUGCUGACGUAACCAAACCAAACCAGUCAAACCUGGCGCCGGUUUAAUCACGUGGCAUUAAUGCCAACUGCACACAUCAAGUUGAACACCUACCUGCGCCAUAUUAUGAGCUGCUGCCUUGUUGGCCAAGAACACAGUCUCGCCCCAUUAAAUUUCGCUUACCCAGAGCUUCCCUUGAAUGAACUUCAAGCAGGAUUCCGUGCAGAAGAGGUCAUCAAGAGAGCUCUAGAUGCCAAAAUAUCAACAGCCCCGAAACAAUCCGCUGGCAUCACCAACGACGAUCCCCUUAUUAGCGGCCUCGCCUCCUUCACCUUCAGCGCGAGCGCAGGAGGAUAUGGACAGCUGCUGCGGGUUUGAUCUUGAGAUAACGCUCAACCCCUCCUCGCCCUACUGUUCAACACCCUAACCUUGAUACUCCUUUUCAGCCCAGUUCCGCUGAGCAGAAAGGUGCGGAAUAAACACACGAUCGAGUCAACUUUCUCAUUAUGGAGGAGCUGUUCGACCGAGUCGUUGAUAAUGUUGAAGGGUUCCAUGAACUCUUUUUUGCCCACAAGACAAAAGCAGGUCCUGCAAAUCCCUGCUACGAACGAUACCAGAUUUGUACGGUUCCACUCGAUGAAAGACUGGCCAGAUCCGCCUGUCUAAGAUGCCUUCUUGAAAUGAUUCCGCGGACUGCAGGAGGGAGUGCUUUCGCACCUCCCGCCCCCCGGGAAUGACCUGUGGACGAUAUAUUACUGAAGGCGAGUGAUCAAGAUACUCUAAAUGAUAUUCACCGGCCAACUACUGCAAUCAAUUAAUGCACUUUUAUAACGUUUAAAGGAGUGGCGUAAAAGUAAACUAAGACGUUAGGAAGAGAUGUAGCCGGACAGUAUUGUUGGCAAGCCUUUGUUCGCACCCAGCCAUUCCUGUAGUCACCUACAUAAUAUUGAUGUAUGCUACGAAACGACCGAUAAGAUAGGGCGGUCGUUGGUAUCUGGAUGGAUAGCAGAUAUUAUUGUUAUUCACUCGGAGUCGGUUACUGGUGACUCCGACGUAGAAAGCUAGUCACGCGAGACUUUUAACUAGCUGGACGAUGGACCGAAAGCGACGGAUAUCAACUUGUAUAUCUUCAGUUAGUCGAGUAGUCCUGCCGCUAGAGUUGCGAGAUGUUUGUCUUGUAUCCCAAC